UUUGACUUUGUGGUUUCUAGAACAAGUGUGAAAAGGUUGAUCAACUUUGUUCAGGGAGUUAUCUCAUUGCCUGCUAGCCAAGUUCAGCAAUCGGAUAUGGCGUCGGAAACAAGAGGUGGAGACAUCGCAAUAGCCAUCGUGUCCGUGAUCAUCGGCGGGAUCGUGGUGAUCGUGGUGUCGGUGCUCAUCUACAAGUGCUGCAAGCUGCGCAUGAUGCGCAAGUACGGCGGCCUUCCGCCGCCGCCAGUCCUGCCUUUGGUGGAGACGAGGACGGCAGCGGCGUUGCCAACCAGCGGCAACGGCGGCACGGCUGCCAUGGCUAGCGUCAAGCACAGCAGCACCAGCAGCAGCUAUGGCGCCGUGGACGUCGUCAAGAACCGUCCACUGAGGUUCAGCUCGCUGCAGCUGCAGGAAUUCACCGGCAACUACGCCGAGAAGCUCGGCGCCGGCGGCUUCGGCGUGGUGUACCGAGGCCAGAUCCCGCUCCCGGAUCACGGCAGCCUUCCGGUGGCCGUGAAGGUCCUCGGCAGUGAGAUGGGGCGGCGCGCCGAGGAGCAGUUCAUGGCGGAGAUCGGCACCAUCGGGAGGACGUCGCACGUCAGCCUCGUCCGUCUCUACGGCUUCUGCUUCGACGCCGACCUCAAGGCCCUCGUCUACGAGUUCAUGCCCAACGGCUCGCUCGACCGCCACCUCUUCUUCCACGACGCCGGCGGCGGCGGCGACAAGCUCGGGUUCGACAAGCUCUACGACGUCGCCGUCGGCACGGCGAAGGCGAUCCGGUACCUCCACGACGAGUGCGAGCGGCGGAUCAUCCACUACGACAUCAAGCCCGGCAACGUCCUCCUCGACGAGGCCUUCCGUCCAAAGGUCGCCGACUUCGGGCUGGCGAGGCUGUGCGAGCGGGAGAGGACGCACAUGACGAUGACCGGUGGUGGGCGGGGCACGCCUGGGUACGCGGCGCCGGAGCUAUGGAUGGCAGCGCCGGCGACGCACAAAUGUGACGUGUACAGCUACGGGAUGCUGCUGUUCGAGAUCCUGGGAAGGCGGAGGAACUACGUCGACGGUGAAUCGAAGGACGAGAGCGCCGACGAGCGCUGGUACCCGCGGUGGGCGUGGCGGCGGCUGGAGCGCGGGGAGACGGAGGUGCUGGCGGCGCGGGCGCUCGCCGGCGAGGCCGGCAAGGAGGGGAGGAAGAAAGUGGAGCGGAUGUGCGCGGUGGCGCUGUGGUGCGUGCAGUACCGGCCGGAGGACAGGCCGUCGAUGAGCGGCGUCGUGCGGAUGCUGGAGGGCGACGAGGACGUCGCCGCGCCGGCGGUGAGCCCCUUCGCGCAUCUCGACUCCGAUCAGCUGGUGUCGCAGACUUUCACGGCGGGCACCACCACCACCACGUUCGGAUCCGCCGCUUAGACUGCAUUGAUUAUUAGGUUCUCCUCCAUUCACCCUGUAAACAUUUGCUCUUGUAGUUUUAUGCAUUUGCCUUGUUUGGAAACCUCUUACCAUCGAUUGUAUUGCUCUUGCUCCUACCAGCAUCUAUGGUUUAAAGGUGUCACUGUAAAUGCAGUAAUCGGACUAUAUUAGAAAAUUUUCAAAUACCAUACGA